AUGUUCGACAUAAUACCUAAUCUCUUAACAUCGAUCAUCACAGUACUUUUCCCAGUGUUUGCCUCCUACAAGGCUCUACGGACGUCCGAUCCAGCUCAAUUGACACCCUGGCUCAUGUACUGGGUUGUUUUGUCCCUCUUCAUCCUCGUUGACUUCUGGAUCGGAUGGUUGACUUACUAUCUCCCCUUCUAUGCUUGGAUCCGUCUUUUCGUGUUGUCAUACCUCGUCCUUCCGCAGGUUCAAGGUGCCAAAACGCUAUACCAGAGCUACAUACAUCGAUUUUUUAGGAAAUAUGAGCUAGAAAUAGAGCACUCCAUCACCUCUAUGCAUGAAAGAGCUGUCGCGGCUGGGUUGGGGGCCCUGAAGAAGUUUAUCAGUUAUGUCAAGGAGAAUGUACUUGGUAUAGAGACUAAGUCGCCCCCGCGCCCCACAUCCGAAACCGACAAUACCUAUGCUCAGAAUCUUUUAUCAAGGUUCAACCUUCCAAGUGCAAGGCAAGGCCUAGCAGCGCCUGCGGGAGACAUAUAUAGCCUUCUCUCCUCGGCUUUGGGCACAAUUUCAUCGUCUUCCAGUCCCUCGUCAAGAGAAGCGCAAGUUGAGAAUUUGUCCCGCUCGGGCACGCUCGUACCUCAGGGUAUCACAAGAAUAUCAGAACAGAGGAAGUUUUUGACUCAGCGGAAGGAGCAGAUGAUGGUGCUUGUCGCUGCACUGGAUAAGCAAAACAGCGAUCUGGGUACUGAAGAAGUGAUAGAGCGUGAUGUAGACAGGAGGCUAGCCGGAGUCCAGCUAGGAGAAAGCCUCAAGACGAGCAAAAGCGAGGCUGAGUUCGAAGAGAUUAGGAGCGACGAGCCCAGCAGUCAGCAGUCGCCGACAAAGAGUAAUAGCUGGAAUCUUUGGAACUGGAGCAGUGGAGCUAGCGCCAAGGCCACUGGGGUAGAUACUGGCGCUGGGAGGUGA